CUAACCUCUAAUUUCGACACAACAUUUUCCUACGGUAUUUCGAUUCUCCGUACGACGACAACUGCAUAACAUGGCUCCCAAGAAGAAGACUACCGACAGGCCACAAGAGAACGUUUCUCUCGGUCCUCAAGUGCGAGAGGGCGAGCUCGUCUUUGGCGUUGCUCGUAUCUUCGCCAGUUUCAAUGAUACCUUCGUUCACGUCACCGAUCUUUCCGGCCGUGAGACCAUUGCCCGUGUCACGGGCGGAAUGAAGGUCAAGGCUGACCGCGAUGAGUCUUCUCCAUAUGCUGCCAUGUUGGCCGCGCAGGAUGUCGCUGCUCGCUGCAAGGAACUGGGAAUCACUGCUCUGCACGUUAAGAUUCGGGCUACUGGUGGCAAUGGAACCAAGACUCCGGGCCCUGGCGCUCAGUCCGCUCUCCGCGCUCUUGCUCGUGCUGGUAUGAAGAUUGGCCGUAUCGAAGAUGUUACCCCAACUCCAUCAGAUUCCACGCGCAGGAAGGGUGGUCGCCGUGGUCGUCGUCUCUGAGCAAUUGCGCUUGUCGCUCUGGUAUGCUUGUUGCACGGCUCCAGUCGUCAUUGUUGCCAUAUUUGGCUUGGGCGAGUGACAAUUUCGCAAGGAACGGCCCCAUUUGCCUGGUCCUUAUACUCAUAUGUUGUCACAUGAAGCUCAGUUCAUGACUAGUUGUAGUAAAUGGCAAUUUUAAGCAUCAAGUCAUUCACCUAUUGUCCAAA